AGAGAUAAUGGAUGAAAUAAAAUCGUAUGACAAUAUCAAAGAAAUUGUGGAAACACAAGUGAUUACGGCGAUGCAUGAGCAAGGAUACACCUUAAAUGCUGUAAAUAAUUAUGAUGAGAAUUUGCUACAUAUAAGCGCAGCGAAUGACUGCUUCCAAAUCGUAAAAGAAAUUUUGAAUCAGAAAGAAAAUUGUCAUGUCAUAGACAGGAAAAAUAAAUUUGGCUGGACCCCGCUGAUGCAAGCAAUUCGUAACGGAAAUAUCGAUACUGUAAAAUUACUUUUAGAGAAGAACGCCCAAGUUGACAAAGUGACUUACCUCGGUAUGUCAGUCCUCGGAUUAGCUGCUGCGAUCAGCAAGAAGAUGUUUGAAACAGUGUACAACGCUUGUCCAGACGCUUUGGCGAAUGCAGCUAAUGAUGACAUUACUCCAUUAUGUGUUGCUGCUAUGAAGAACGACAAAGAACUUUUUUUUAGACUGUUGGAAUUGGGCAUGCCGCUUUCGACUGAUAAUGAGUACACUCUCCUUAUGAUGAAACGUUCUACGAUACCCGAGAUAGCCGCUUUGGUGAACGCAAAUCCUGCUAUAGAUGAUUAUUGGAAUGAUACAUCAGAUAAUAUCCAAAUAGAGGAGAAUAUCGACGGCACGACGAGAGAUUUUAAAUUAAUUUCAAAAAAGAACAAAAAUGAAAAACGAAAAAAGUUGAACUUAUCUCUACCUGUAGAAUCCCACAAGCAAGAUUUAAUAUCACCAAACUUAACAUACGACGUAUUCGUACUAUCCCCGAGUGCUGUUUGCUUUGAAAAGAAUUUUACAGAAAAAUCGAAUAUAUUUUUCCAGGAUAAAGAUGAGAGCAAAAAGGCAACGAAAAAGGAUUACAUGACGAGCGAGUUUGAAUCACCUGUUGCACUUAAAAGAUUUAAUUCGGAUGAUACGAAAAGUUUUUCUUGCGAUCUUAAUGUCACUCUCGGAUUCACACCCGAAUUUAGCCCUCUCAAAUCACCUCAUGUACCCCCAGAUGUUAAUGAGGAGAAUGUGUUUGGCGAAAAUACUCCGACACCGCCGCGCUGCAAAACACCACCGAAAGGAAUGCUUCUAAAUUGGUCGCAGACAAAAAUGAUUAUGAUAUUGAAACACUUUGGACUGAACCAACAUAUCCCUAUAUUUCUUGAACAGGAAGCACCACAAGCUAAAUAUCCAAAGAGAAUAUUUUCUGGAAUUCAGCCCACUGGAAGCGUACAUUUAGGCAAUUAUUUUGGUGCUAUUCAAAGAUGGGUAGAAUUUCAGAAUACAGGCGAAAAAGUUUUGUGCAGCAUAGCAGAUUUACAUUCAAUAACUUUAUCACAAGAUCCAAAAAAAUUAAGAGAAAAUACUCUGCUGAUGACUGCAACAUUAGUGGCCUGUGGUGUAGACUUUGAAAAGAGUAUUUUGUUUCAACAGUCUAAAGUACCUAUGCAUACAGAGUUAUGUUGGGUCUUAGGAACUAUCACUACUAUGGCAAGAUUAGCGCAUUUACCGCAAUUUAAGGAAAAAAGUGAAUCCUUAAAGAAUAUUCCUUUAGGCUUAUAUAUCUAUCCUGUUCUACAGGCAGCUGAUAUAUUAUUAUACAAAGCUACACACGUUCCAGUUGGACAAGAUCAAGCUCAGCACAUACAAUUGGCACAAGAUUUAGCACAUAUAUUCAACAAAAGGUUUGGUCAAACUUUUCCAAUACCGCAUACUCUUAUAAGCGAUGGCCCAAGCCAAAGAAUCAAGUCUUUACGUGAGCCUAUGAAGAAAAUGUCAAAGUCACAUAAAGAUCCCAAGUCUAGAUUGAACAUGUUGGAUGAACCAGAUGUAUUAUUGGAAAAAAUAAAAAAGGCUGUGACUGAUUUUACAUCUGAAGUGACUUACGAGCCAGAGAAACGACCAGGAGUGACUAAUUUGAUUAAUAUACAUUCUCUGGUUACUGGAAAGACACCAGACGAGAUAUGUAAGGAAGUUGUAGAGUUAAAUACAGGACAAUAUAAAUUGGUGUUAGCGGAUGUAGUGAUAGAGAAAUUAUCUCCAAUUCGUGAGAAUAUAUUGAGAUUAAUGAAAGAACCUGCUUAUUUGGACGAGAUUUUGCAUAAAGGUACAGAAAGAGCAACAGAACUUGCGACAAAUUGUUGGGAAGAAGUAACGAACAAAGUUUUUGGUAUUGAUACAAUACAGGAAGUAAAAAAUAUGACAAACACUGCAAAUAUUAUGUAAGAUGCAACUAUUUAUUAUAAAUAA